CCCGUGCUAGCCACCGAUAUUUGGCGCUCAUACAUGUCAGACAUCGACAACAAAGAACAGUCUGAACUUGAUAAAGAUUUGGAUGAUGUUGAAGAAGUAGAAGAAGAAGAAACUGGUGAAGAAACAAAAAUCAAAGCGUGUCAGCUGACUGUUCAGAUGACGCAAAAUCCUCAGAUUCUUGCAGCCCUUCAAGAAAGACUUGAUGAUCUGGUAGAAACACCAACAGGAUACAUUGAAAGCUUGCCUAGGGUAGUUAAAAGACGCGUGAAUGCUCUCAAAAACCUUCAAGUUAAAUGUGCACAGAUAGAAGCCAAGUUCUAUGAGGAAGUUCAUGAUCUUGAAAGAAAGUAUGCUGUUCUCUAUCAACCUCUAUUUGAUAAGCGAUUUGAGAUCAUCAAUGCCAUUUAUGAACCUACAGAAGAAGAAUGUGAAUGGAAACCAGAUGAGGAAGAUGAAAUUUCAGAGGAACUAAAAGAAAAGGCCAAGAUUGAAGAUGAGAAAAAGGAUGAAGAAAAAGAAGACCCCAAAGGAAUUCCUGACUUUUGGUUGACCGUUUUUAAGAAUGUUGACUUGCUCAGUGAUAUGGUUCAGGAACAUGAUGAACCUAUUCUGAAGCACUUGAAAGAUAUUAAAGUGAAGUUCUCAGAUGCUGGUCAGCCUAUGAGUUUUGUCUUAGAAUUUCACUUUGAACCCAAUGAAUAUUUCACAAAUGAAGUGUUGACAAAGACAUAUAGGAUGAGGUCAGAACCAGAUGAUUCUGAUCCUUUUUCUUUUGAUGGACCAGAAAUUAUGGGUUGUACAGGGUGCCAGAUAGAUUGGAAAAAAGGGAAGAAUGUCACUUUGAAAACCAUUAAGAAGAAGCAGAAACACACGGGACGUGGGACAGUUCGUACUGUGACCAAAACAGUUUCUAAUGACUCUUUCUUUAAUUUUUUUGCCCCUCCUGAGGUUCCUGAGAGUGGAGAUCUGGAUAAUGCCGCUGAAGUUAUCCUUGCUGAGGACUUUGAAAUUGGUCACUUUUUACGUGAGCGCAUAAUCCCAAGAUCAGUGUUAUACUUUAUCGGAGAAGCUAUUGAAGAUGAUGAUGAUGAUUAUGAUGAAGAAGGUGAAGAAGCAGAUGAGGAAGGGGAAGAAGAAGGAGAUGAGGAAAAUGAUCCAGACUAUGACCCAAAGAAGGAUCAAAACCCGGCAGAGUGCAAGCAGCAGUGAAGCACAAUGGUCUACCUUCUGCUUCCCUGGAAAGGAUGAAUUUGCAUCAUUUGACAAGCCUAUUUCAAGUUUUUUGUUGUUUGUUUGCUCGUUUUUGUUUUUGCAGCCUAAAAUAAAAAUGUCAAAUAUAAUUAAAA